UAAAAAAAAAAGAAAAUAUCUAAACCAAUUAUAAACCGUGAGACAUACUAAAGCAAUAGAUUAUAGAUCUCAGAAUCACACUAUAAACCCACCCACGCCCCCUUCAUGAAUUCUUUAUUCCUUAAACCCCACCUCCCUAAGUCUCCUUUCUAUUUCUGCACGGUAUUCUCGAUCUUCUUCGUCCUUCUUCUUCCCCAAACCAAUGCCCUUGAAAGGUCAAACCUUUGAACUUCAAACCAGAAAAACAUGACAAGCUACGGCACAAUCCCGACUUCCUCAUCGCCAGGACCCUCGACGAACCUUGAAUACCUAUCUCGAGCCAAGGAACGUAUCAAAGAAGGCCUCGGAGCUCGACGUCCAUGGAAACUCAUGUUCAACAUCGGUUCCAUCAACAUCCCUGGAAGCCUCUCCGAAGCCAUUUCCAGGGUUACAACUAACGUAGCUUACUUCCGCAUGAACUACGCCAUGAUCAUACUUGUGAUCCUUUUCCUUAGCCUUUUAUGGCAUCCCAUCUCCCUCAUAGUCUUCAUAGUCAUGAUGGCCGCUUGGUUGUUCUUGUACUUCCUAAGGGAUGAACCUUUGGUUGUUUUCAACCGUACGAUCGACGAUCGUGUGGUGCUGGUCGUGUUGGGGGUUUUGACCAUUGUGUUCUUGCUGUUGACUGACGCCACGCUCAAUAUUUUAGUGUCACUUUUGAUUGGUGUGGCUGUCGUUUUGGUGCACGCUUCCUUUAGGAAGACUGAUGAUUUGUAUGAUGAAGAAUCUGCCGGCUUGAUGUCUGGACCUUCAUCUUCUUCAUAAUUAACCUCGGCAGAGUACUGUACAGGGGACUGGGCAAAUUUUGUCUAGUAAGUGGGCCUUGGGAGCCUGCGGCCAUGAUUUUACUAAACCAAGAUUGAAGAUUAAAUAAUUGGUGAGGAAUAGGGAACACAAUUUAUUUAAUUAACUAGCUGAUGAGGAUGGUCCUCAGAAUUAAUGGACUGCUGCAAUUUCAUUGACAUAGCUUUAUAGCAAAAGGUAAUGGCCCAUGGAUAUGGUGCACAGGUGCACCAGUAGCUGGUUAAGGUCAGCAUUUUCUCUGAUCAAUGUAAUAAUAUAAUCGUGGUGAGGGUAAUCAUGGGUCCAUGAGAUUUCGCGUGAGAUCCACCGCCAGUCAACGGCGAUGGAUUUAUUGGGCAAUCGCAUCACAGCAGUCGAUUUCCGCUGCCAGCUUUGUUGGAUGCUUUUCAUUAUGUUCAUGCUUUUUGUACAUAAAGGGGUUAAUGCUGUUAGUCUGCAUUUUUUUUUCUUUUGAGGUGGAAACUGAAAAGUAACGGUAUCCUUUAUU